GCCGCGCGCGCGUUCGUGAGCGCCAAAAAUUGAGAACAUCCAAAAUAGUAAAAAGACCAAGACAAAAGUAAAGGUAGUUAUCCUUAUCAACUGAAAAACAAAAAGAUCGAAAAAUGCUGCGACCACGCUGUCUGCUGUCCUUUUUGGGACUUUGCCUGGUAAUCGGCAUCGGAAUGCGAUGCGAUGCCAGAGCGGUAAACGUGAGCAACACCUGGACGAUGCCGCAGGAGGGUCUGAACGUCUUCUAUCGCUUCUUCCGCGAUCGCAUAUCCUGGUUCGAGGCCGAUGCCGUCUGCCAAUUCCAUCACGCCAAUCUGGUUACGGUCGACAACAGUUUUCAAUUCGAUGCAACGCGCGACCUGCUGAGGGAAUUGGAUGUGAACGACAUCGUUUGGAUUGGUCUCAUGCGACCGCAGAACUCGGAUCGUUUUAUGUGGUCGAACUCUCGUCCUUUGGUGGCGGACACUGGAUACUGGGCGGAGUCGCUGCCCUUAAUGGAUGCUCCACUUUGCGCCGUAAUCGAUCCCAUCCGCGAUUACCGCUGGCACGCCCUGCGAUGCGGAGGACCCGAGACCGCCUCCUUCCUCUGCGAAAUGCCAGUGCCCAGCUGGGCGGAUGCUUGUAUUCUGAAGGACAUGCCCAACUUGACCAUGCAGUACAUGGCGGAUACGGCCAGCAUCGAGCUGAUCCGCAAUUGCCAGGAGGAGGGACUCCUGCGACACACCUGCAAGGGCAAGGAGGAUCGUGAGCGGGCCAUCCGACAGCUCAUCUGCCCCAAGGAACGUCUGGAGGCGCAGCGCAUCAAUGACAUCACCAACUCGCACUUCAAGUCGCUGCAGAUCAUCAACAACAUUCGCACCGACAACAAGGAGAACAACGACAUUGAUUUGUUGCCCAACUAUGGACGUGGGUCUGGAAUGGCCAUCAACAUCGAGGUGGCUCCCCCAGUGCCUCCCGUUUCCGUGCCCGGAUUGGGUGAACUAAUGCAGGCGGAUGCUCCGGGCUCGGUCUCGCUAUCCGGACUCUAUCGCAUACCGGACUUGGUGCCCAAGCCGGUGAAGAAGGCGGCCAAGAAGGUGAUCACGCCGGACUUUGCCAAGAAGCUGCAGGGCAGCAACCACCAGCAGCAGCACAACCAGCAGCAGCAGCAGCAACAGAAGUCGCGCAAAUCGCUGGUGCAGCAGCAGCAACAUGAGGAUGAGGAGCUGAUGUUGGGCGACCAGCCGGCACUCAGUGAGGAGCAACUGCCGCCGGGUAUGGGAAUCGGUAUGCGGAUCCCACUCAACGAGGACGACAGCAAUAGCGAUGCCUCCAAUGAGAUAUUCGAGCAUUUGCCGCACAAGAAGAAGAUCCUGCCGCAGGAUUUGCGCACCAUGUCGCCAAUUGUGGAGGCUGAAUCCUUGAUGACUACAACAACAACACUGAAGACAACAACUUUGGCGGCACCGGCAACAGCAGCCACAGCAACAACAACAACAACACCAGCAACAACAACAACUGCGGCAGCAGCAACAACAACAACCGAACUGCAGACCACACCAAAAGCAGUGGAUACCACAAGUUCGCAGGCACCAGCAACAACUAUUAGACCAACAACAACCAUUAGCAGCACCACUAUUACAACCACCACCACAACAACAACAACAACGCCCCAGCCAGAGCUAGCGACAACAACAACUAAGAAACCGGAGCCAACAACAAUGGUCGCACCCCGAACAACAAAAACAUCAACAACAGCAGCAGCAACCUCAUCAAUGGCCACCACGACAAUUGCAACAUCAGCUGCAACACCACCACCAACAACAACAGCAGGAACGACAACAACAACAACAACAGUAGUCAGCCGGGCCACAUCCACCGACAGCAGCAACAGCAACAACAUGGCCCAUCCCAUUCAUCCGUCGCAGCAGCAGCAACACCACCAGCAACAGACAUUGCACGAAGGCUCAACGUUGCAGCAGCAACAUGCAACGCACGUCAACGAGUCCGCCGACAAUACGCGCUUCAUACCGCCAAUGCUGCUGGUGAAGUCGCACUAUGUGCCGCCGGCCAAGCAUGCCAGCGAGCAUGCGACCACAACAACACUUGCAACAACAACGACCAGCACGACAACAACAGCAGCAGAAACAAAACCAGCAACCCCAGCAGCAACAUCGGCCAGAGAGGAAACGCAGCCAUCAACAGUCACGUCAUCGAAGGGACUGACAGCAACAGUAGCAGCAGCAACAGCAGGAACGUCAGCAACAACACCAGUAGCAACGGCAGCAACAUCAACCGUGACAGCGACAACAGGUGCAACUGUGGAGGUGACAACAAGCGUAAAAGUAGCUGAAGACACCGCAGCAACAUCAGCGACAACAGCAGCAACAGUAAUUGCCAGUGAAGCGCCAGCAGCAGCAACAACUAUUGCCGUAAGACCAACCGCAGCUAAUGAAAUCAAAUCGAAUGCCACAGCAGCAACACCAGCAACUCCAGCAAAACCAGCAGCAACAACACCCAUUCCGAAGCCAGUGAGAGUUUUCCGGUAUCCCCCACUGAACCAAGGAUCCUUCAAGGUGGAUAACAACGGAAUGGGCAGCCCGGAGGAGGAGGACGACGACCAGGAGGGGGAGCAUUCGGAGGCCGAGGCAGUCACAACGCGACACAACUUCCUGGAGGAAACCGAGGCGCCAUUCAAGCCAAAUCGACGACGCUCGCUAACCAAACCGGAAACGGUUAGCUAUUUCAAGAAGAUUUUGGGCUAAGCAAAAACAAGAAGAAGCCGCGUUGCUGCAGUCGUAAUCCGCACUAGUAACCGUAAUCGUAAUCGUAACAGUAACCAACUGUUAAUCCAUAAAUAAGAGGAAAAAAAACAGAAAACAGAAAAGAAAAAACAGAAGAAAGUAAGCACUCCCUGCAGCCACGUAAUUGGUCUUUAAAAAUCAGAGCGAAUUGAAUCAGUUGUUGCGGUUUGCCCCGCUGGCCAUUUCCUCCGCAAGAACUCCUCGAAACCCUCUUCCAUAUCCACAUUCCGGCCAAAAGUUUGCGGAGCCACCACUUCCCAAAGUCUUGUGUCUCCGGCAGAAAUGCCGGAAAUCCAAGCGGAAACCCAAAAGAAAACUCAACUCAACUCAACUCGACUCGACUCCAGUUGCAAGUACCGAAAUAUGUCAAUUUUUCACCGAACAAAAAGAAAGGGAAUAAAAAAGGCAAACAAACACACAAAUACUCACAUUAAAAUCAGAUACAUUUACACUUACAGCCGGAGAAAGUGCGAAGUCUGUCAGGUGGAGAAAAAUAACGAAACGCUGGAGGAGAUUCAGGUUCAGAUGGAAAGGCAGAAAAGGGGGAGAAGGUUGGCCAACAGGGAGUGUGUGCAAUGCAAAGGCCAAAUCUAAAGUACGAUAAAUACUACAAGCAAAGUGUUUACAAACGUAUACAUAAGGCGUCUGUUUUGGAUUUCCGUUUGCUUUGCCUACGAGCGACAUGUGGUCACACUGGACCAAAUGGGGAAAAACUGCGGGAGAAAGUGUGAAAAGCGUUGGGAAAAAGCGAAAAGUGCGUAGUAGAAAACACAUAUAGUUUUCCCUAUGGCAACUUUUCCAAUUGCUUUCACUUCAAAGUGCAGACGUUUUCAGACCUUUUUAUUUCCUUUUUCUAAAACUGAUACAAGCCAGUUUCUUAAAAUUUUUUAAAGCCUUUUCCUUUUUUUGAUUUCCCAAUUCCUUUCUUCUAAAAUUCAAUAACAAUUCCUUUUGUAAACAUAUUUAUUUUAUGCUUCCAUUGACCAACUGAGUUUCCCAAGGCUUUUGACGAAAUGUUUUGACAACCUUUUAUUUAAAUGCAUUUUAAAAGAGCUUAUAAAUAUUUGAAACCUUUGUUUAAUCGAAAUAUAAUUCAACUUCUUUUUCUAUAGUUAUUUGUUUUAAUAUUCGUCGGCUUAUAGUUCAACUAGCUGAUUUAUAACAAUAGAAGGUUUCACUUGCAGCUUAAACGUACACUGACAAGAAUUUAUUCGACUUGAUGAUUUUCAGCACAUUUAAUAUUUCGAAGUCUUUAAAAGUAUUUUGCAAGGGUAUAUGAAAAUCCAAAACAGAAAUCGCCAUGCAAAUUACAUAUUUACCUAUAAAUUAUGAACAUAUGAAAUAGAUGUUGUAUUUUUUUUUGGUGUAUGGAAAUAGUCAAAUACAAUUUGUGUAAGUGAAGGAGAAAAAGUAAAAAGCGGGCGUUUGUCAUUUGGAAAUUUUGAGAAAAUUACUUCGAAUGAUUGCGGCAAAUUGGCAGAGCGGAGAAGCGUAAGCGAAAAUAAAAAGGAAAAUGCGUUGCAAGAAACGAGCACACUUAAGAUUAAGCUAAAAUUUAACGAAUCGAAAGAGAAACCCAAAGAGAAAAAUAAAACCAAAGAAAAAACGAAGACGAGUCCCUAAAUGAAACGGAAAAAAGUCCGAAAAAAAAGAAAGCACUUGAUGUAGAGAAUUAUUUGUAGGUACUUGAAAGCAGCGGGCAGAUUAAUACGGUUCCGUUGGGUCGGUCUAAAAAAAAACAUGCAGUAAAAUAGUAUAAAUGUAAACCAAGUAAUGAAUUAUGAAUAAAAAGAAACCCCUUCAAGAAAUUACAAA